AUUCCCGACAAAAUAUUGAAAGAGUUAUUGAGUGGAAGCAUGACAGCAGUAUUGCAGUGUGACUCGUGUACAGCCCUGACGGCGGCAGACAUAGUUCAUGUACUUCUGUCAAGUGCCCGAUAAUAAUAAUAGUAAUACAUAUGUGCGCGUACCUUUACGUUCACUUUCUGUAGAGAUGUGAGGUAAUUCAAUAAAACCUCCUGCUGCAGCCAUUCACUGUGUAGCUUGUGAGGCUGAGAGCGGGUCCGCGAUGAAGGGGUUAAAGGCGAGUGUGCAGCACAGACAGGGUUAAGCUGGCGGAGAGUCUGAGGCGAUACCAGGAAAUGCAGAGUGACUGGAGACACCUGUAGAGAGAGCACCUGUGGAGCUGCCCGACCUCACCAGCAGGUGUCUGAAAUGGAAGAGAUGACAAUAUGGGAGCAGUACACUGUCACACUGGCCAGGGACCCCCGUAAAGGAUUUGGCAUUGCUAUCUCUGGAGGCAGAGAUCGACCAUCUAGAACAGAUGGGGACAGCUCUGUCAUUGUGUCAGAUGUUGUCCGUGGUGGGCCUGCUGAUGGAAGGUUACAGACGAGAGAUCGCAUAGUAAUGGUAAAUGGUGCAUCUAUGGAGAAUGUGACUUCGUCAUUUGCUAUACACGCGCUAAAAUCUUGUGCCAAAACUGCCAAUGUGACCGUAAAACGACCUAAAAAAAUUCAAAUCCCAGUGAGCAACUCUGUAUCAGCCUCUACAGGACCCUCACGAACACCUAACACUUUAGAUCACUUAUCUGAUUCAUAUCCCAGAGAUGAGGAAGACCGAUCGGAUUCUCCUGUGCAGUGGAGAGAAAGAUACGCAAGUUCUAGUAGAGAGCCUCAAGAUACAGCACAAGGUUAUGAAGGAGAUUCUUCUAGUGGACGUAGCUCUGGAGGAUCUCGAACACCAUCUUCAUACCAUGCCAGACAACGCAGGACCAGGGGUGGGGGAAGUGAAACAGGAAAUUAUACAAGGAGGAGGGCUGGUAGAGAGAAAUAUGGUUCUGGAAGUGAUACCAGGGCUUCCAGUCGAUUGAAAGAAAAUGGUAGUGGUUUGGAAGGUUCGGUAAGUGAGGCAGGAGACUACUCCAGGAGGGCAUCUGGCAGUGAAGCAGGAGACUACUCAAGGAGGGGAUCUGGCAGUGAGGCAGGGGGAAGGGACCAUAAUGGCCUACAACUGGUAUCCGGGUUCAAACGCCUGCCCCCUCAGGAUGUACCAUCCAAACCUGUUAAAACCGUGCUGGUGAAACGCGUGGAGAAUCAAGAAUAUGGUCUGAAGUUGGGCAGUCAGAUCUUCAUUAAACAUAUUACAGAGACUGGUCUGGCAGCUCAGGAAAAAUCGUUGCAGGAGGGCGACCUCAUCCUGAAGAUAAAUGGCGUGGCAAGUGAGAAUAUGUCUUUGGCUGACACACGCCACCUUAUUGAGAAGUCAAAAGGCAAACUAACUCUCACUGUCUUGAGGGAUAAUCGACAGUUCCUGGUCAACAUUCCAGAAGUAAGGGACAGUGAAAGUGAUGAUAGGAGCUCCAUUCAUGAUGAUAUUUCACAACUGAGUUCGGAUGCGUCCCCACCACCUUCUCAUCCUCCCCCACCUCCUCCAGGACAAACCCAUAGGAGCUCCUCUGAAAGUUUAGAGAACCCUGGGCACAGUCAUCACUUUAAUGGAGCACCAAGCCCGCAGAUAGAUAAAUUAGAACAUGAAAAUGUUAACAGUGAACCUCCUCCUUUGGAUACUGAACACAGGGAAGAUCCUGACCCACCUAUGGCUAAGGACAGAGAUGAACUGCGAGUGGGAUACAGUCCUGAUCCACGCCUUGUCCAGUUUCAAAAGGAAAGAAGUAUUGGACUACGUCUUGCUGGGGGAAAUGAUGUGGGAAUAUUUGUUGCUGCUGUCCAGGAAGGGAGCCCUGCAGCCAGAGAAGGGAUGAAAGAGGGUGACCAGAUCCUACAGGUAAAUGAAACCAGUUUCCACAACAUGACACGUGAAGAUGCUGUACAAUAUCUAAUGAACUUGCCACAGAACGAAGAUGUUCUAAUACUGACCCAGGGGAAGGAGGACAUUUACAGGAAGAUGAUUAAGUCCAAUGUUGGUGAUUCCUUCUAUAUCCGUACACACUUUGAUCAUGAGGCAGAUAGUCCAUCUAGCCUGAGCUUCACUCGGGGUGAGAUUUUCCAUGUUUUGGACACAAUGUACCGUGGGAAGCUUGGGAGUUGGCUUGCUGCACGUGUUGCUCGUGAUCUGAAGGAGAUGGACAAAGGAAUUAUCCCGAAUCGUCUUAGGGCGGAACAGUAUGCUAGCUUAGAAAACGUCUUAAAGCCCCAGUCAUCUUCAGGACCACGAGCUGAAUUUUGGAAGCUGAGAGGCCUGAGGGGAGCCAAAAAAAUAUUAAAGAAAAGUAGAGAGGAUUUGUCUGCAAUUACUAGCAAGGCCAAGUAUCCACCUUAUGAGAAAGUGGUGCUUCGGGAAGCAAGUUUCAAAAGGCCUGUUGUAAUCCUGGGUCCUAUAACAGAUAUUGCACAUAUUAAACUCUGUGCAGAAUUACCCCAGGAAUUUCAAUCAGCAGAAAGUAUGUCUCGAGAUGAUGGCGGUUCCAAAGUCAUCAAACUGCAGAUUGUAAAAGAGAUUGCAGAACAGAAUAAGCAUGCACUAUUGGACAUCACACCAACGGCAGUGGAACACCUGAAUUAUGUGCAGUUCUACCCAAUUGUAGUCUUCUGCAACCCAGAGAAUAGACAGGGGGUUAAGGCAAUGCGACAAUGGUUACUUCCAGAAUCCAAGAAGAGCUCCCGGCGUUUGUAUGCACAAGCUGUGAAACUGCGCAAGAACAGUUCCCAUCUUUUCACAGCGACUAUUAACUUGAGUGGAGCUAGUAACGCAUGGCUUCCCAGUUUGAAGGAAAUUAUUCGGACAGAACAAGGAAGACCUAUAUGGACUACUGAAGAGAAGGCUGCGACUCUAGUUAAUGAGCCUCUGGAUCUGAUGAAUGGGUCGGCAGUUGGGUCUGCAGAUUACUUGAGUUGUGACAGUCGGGCUAACAGUGACUAUGAGGAGACUGAUGCUGAAGGCGGAGCUUAUACUGACCAGGAGCUGGAUGAGGAGUUCCAAGAACCUGCACUAGCCCGUUCUUCUGAACCUGUUGUUGAGCAUUCACCUUCUUACCAUGAUAUCGCCUCACCUUAUGAAAGAUCAUAUUCUUACGAAGGCCAGUCAUCUAUUGAAACCUCUUCCUACCAUGAAAACCAGUCACCGACUGAGCCAUUUUCGCACUACAGAGAUCAUUCCCCAUCUAAUAAUAUUGCACAGGAAGAAGUAAUGCCGGCCCGUCCUCAGUGGCGUCAAAACAUCAGCAGGGAAUAUGAGCACAAUGCACUUCGCAAAAAAUUUAACCAUGCCAGAAGUUCCAGCUCUGAGGAUGAAGAUUACAGCUGGGGAGGUCCAGCCACUGACCUGUAAAGAGAUGAUCCCGUAGAUGACACUAUUAAACACAGUCUAAGAUAAAGCUUUCACCAGCUUUCUGUAUUUUAUAAGCAGAAGCCGCUUGGAACAAAACAUUUGCAUAAUACAUUGUUUUUACAGUAUGUAUAAUAAAUAGUUUUUUUUUUUCAUAUCUACGGCCAGUUAUUGGUUUCAUCUGAA